AUGGUUGCAGGUGACAAUGAUGGGCAGCAACCAUCGACAUCUGCUGCACCAGUGGUGUUACCUAAUAUAUCUGCAAUGUCUCAGGGUCCAUCAGACGUAGAGCCUGACAGUGUAGUGGAUGAUUUUAAUAACGAUUUUGUGGAAGUGGUUCGCGCCUUCAAUGGUAAUUUGCGCACCUUUAUAGCCCGGAACAACUUUGAAUGUUCACUCGACAUAUGCACGUAUCUGGAGGCAAUGGAGGAGAGGAUAGUUGCACAACUGACUGAGGUCAUAGAGACUUCAGGGGCCAUAAAGUUCAACGUAUGGCUCGAAUGCAACUAUACUAAACCGGCACCAUUCGAUGAGGGUACGGAUCUUCGAGCUUUCAAGACACCUAAUGUCGCCCUGUACAAUGUGGAUGACAUUGCCGAGGCGAUAAGGAACUGCAUUCAAAAAAUAUGCAGGGAGGAGGGCGAAUAUGAAGGCAAGGGCUCUGGCUGGUCCCUCACCUCUGUUAAGCACAUACAGCUUCGGGUCAGUAAGCUCGACCCGCUGCGUUAUCACCCAGAGCGAAUCGACCAACGGUACCUGGCCCUGGAGACAAAGUUUGACUUUGACGGGCUUGAUUUCUCCAUGCCAAUCAGUCAAGUCAAGGUGUUUGAAAAACGCAACCCAACAGUCUCCAUCAAUGUUUAUGCAGUCGACGACAAAUGCAAGGUGGUGCCACUGCGUGUGGGAGAGCUCGAGAAAGAGCAACACUUUGACCUCCUGUGGCUUACACAUGAAGGUGCAUCCCACUACUGCCUCAUUAAGCAAUUUCCGAGGUUAGUGGGUGCACAGCUGACUGGACAUGUACAUUCAUUAUGCAUUUGUAAGCGCUGCUUCAAGACAUUUGAUGAUCAGGAUCGUGUUUCUGGCCUGACUGGCCAGGAAUGUCUUGAGCAGCACAGGAGGUACUGUGUACCACACGCUCCAGUACGUGCGGAAAUGCCAUCCCCAGGGAAGGAUGGUAAGGCACCAGUACUAGAAUUUUCAAAUUACCAUUACAUGGACAAGCUGCCGAUAGUCAUAUACUGCGAUUUUGAGGCUAUGCUAACGAAAGUCAGCUCAUGCCAGUCAGAUCGUGCAAAUGCAUACACUGAGGCAUACCAGAAGCACGAACCUUAUAGCUAUGGCAUCUACGUCAAAGUAGAUAACAGUGCGAUCCCUGUGGCUUUAACAACAGACUUGCCGCAAGAGCCCAUUAUUUAUCGAGGCGUGGAUGCUGCAACCAAGUUCAUGCAGGAGAUUGUUGACAUCGGCAGCAAAGUCAAAGCAAUAUAUGAGACCUCAGUACCCAUAACACCAUUGAAUCAUGCUCAGCAAGUAAACUACAGAUUGUCGAAAGAGUGCUGCUACUGCACUAAGACUUUCACUGUUGAGAACUAUAAAGUCAAAGAUCAUAACCACAUCUCUGGGGAUUACAUUGGGGCAGCGUGUAAUGGAUGCAAUUUGCUGCGGCGUCGACCGAAGAAACUAGUCAUAUACUUUCAUAACCUGGCAUAUGAUCAACAUUUUAUCAUCAAGCAGCUGGGUUAUGACAGCAAAGAAAUAUUCAUUAUCCCACAUACUGAGGAAAAAAUGGUUACAUUUUCUAAGCAGCUGGGGGACAGAUUUUCGGUGCAGUUCGUGGACACGUUUAGGUUCAUGUCGUGCGGGCUGGCCUCCCUCGCACAAAACCUACCUGCAUCGCAGUUCACUAACACGAUGGCAUUCUUCGAGCCCCAAUGUGCACAGCUCGUAGUGAGAAAAUGUGUCUUCCCAUACGAUUAUGUUGAUACGUGGGAGCGUCUUGAUGAGCGGCAACUGCCUCCCCAGGACUGCUUCUUUAAUAUUCUUACCGACUCUGACAUUAGUGAUGCCGAUUACGACCACGCCAAGACUGUCUGGGACACAUUCAAGUGCUCUACUUUAGGUGAGUAUAGUGAUGUGUACCUCAAGUCUGACGUCCUGAUCCUGUGA